UCUGGGCCACAGGGCAGGUCACAGGAGAUGAAGGGGGACAAACAGGAGACGCACAGGAUGCAGGACAAGAACGGGGCUAACGGGACUAACGGGACACAGGGGACGAACGGGACACAUGGCAUGAAUGGGACACAGGGAGCAGGUGUGGAGAAUCUAGCCUUUCAGACUCAGGAAUUCAUUUGUAUUGAUUUGGGAGAUGACAGACCGACAGAGGAGGGCAAGGACGGAACAGAGCACAUUCACAGAAAAAGAUUCUUGGAGAAGAAACUUGAGGCUUUUCAUCAACAUCUGCAAAAGCAUAGACAGAAACUCCGGCUUUUUUUUGGAGGGCUGUUCCUAGCAGGGUAUAUCUCCAUGGUGAUUGCGGCGUGUGUGCUGAACUUUGAGCGGAGCUUGGCGUUGCUGGUGCUCACCCUGGUGGCGGCGUUUUUCGUGGCAUGGGACGCCCUGAUGCGGCGGUAUGAGCCCAGGCUGCAGAAGUUCUUGAAGCCUGUAGGGGGCGCCAUCAGGAAGCAGCAGUCCUGGCUCAAAUGGGUGGUGCUGGCAGUGUUCCUGGUUGCUGUGGUGUGCUGGCUGGUAUUGGACACAGCCAAACAAGGCACACGGGCACUGGUCUCAUUCGCUGGCCUCAUUACAUUUGUGCUGCUGAUGGUCAUCUUCUCCAGGAAUCCUUUCAGGGUGUCUCGACGAGCGGUCCUAUGGGGGGUUGCUCUGCAGUUCCUGUUCGGGCUGGUGAUCCUCAGGACGAAGGCAGGCUUCACUGCGGUCGAUUGGGUGGGACAGCAGGUGGAGGCGUUCCUGGCAUACACAGACGAUGGCUCAAAGUUUGUUUUUGGUGAAAAAUUCGAAGACCAUUUUUUUGCAUUCAAGGUCCUGCCCAUCGUGGUUUUCUUCAGUACAGUGAUCUCCAUGCUCUACUACAUGGGCUUCAUGCAAUGGCUCAUUCUGAAGGUUGGAUUCAUCAUGCACGUCACCAUGGGAACAUCUCCUGCGGAGUCGAUGGUGGCAGCGGGGAACAUAUUUGUGGGACAGACGGAGUCGCCCCUCCUGAUUCGUCCGUACAUCAGUGAGCUCACCGUCUCAGAGAUCCACGCCGUGAUGACCGGCGGCUUCGCCACCAUCGCUGGCAGCGUCCUGGGAGCCUUCAUCUCCUUCGGGAUCCAAGCGUCCCACCUGCUCACGGCCUCAGUGAUGUCAGCGCCUGCCUCCCUCGCCAUUGCCAAAACCUUCUGGCCUGAAACAGAGACGCCGAGAAUCACCAGGAAAGGCCUGGUACUGGAGAAAGGGGAAGGCCGGAAUCUUCUGGAAGCAGCCUGUCAAGGUGCCUCAGCCUCUAUUGUGCUGGUGGCCAACAUCGCUGUGAACCUCAUCGCCUUCCUGGCCCUGCUCGGCUUCAUCAACGCUGCCCUCUCCUGGCUGGGGAACAUGUUCGACUACCCCGAGCUCAGCUUCACUCUGAUCUGUUCGUACGUCUUCAUGCCGCUGUCCUUCCUGAUGGGCGUGUCCUGGGAAGACAGCUUCAUUGUCGGAGAGCUGAUUGGCUUAAAGACCUUCUUUAAUGAGUUUGUAGCCUAUGAGCGCCUGGCCGAGUUCAUUCAGAAGAGGAAGGAGGGGGGGCCAGAGUAUGAGGAUGACAUCAAACAGUAUCUCUCUGUUCACUCGGAAACCAUAGCAACGUACGCGCUGUGUGGCUUCGCCAACAUCGGGUCCCUGGGCGUGAUGAUCGGAGGCCUAUCGGCCAUGGCUCCUGAGAGACGGGGCGACAUCGCCAGGUGUGCGAUCAGGGCCCUGAUAUCCGGGACCGUGGCCUGUUUCAUGACGGCCUGCGUGGCAGGAAUCCUUUACAUACCUCCAUUUGAAUGCCAGACCUUCCUCGUGGACCUGUUCAACUCAUCGACCGUGGCUAACAGCUCAGAACUGCAUACGUGCUGUUUGGACGUCUUUAACUGGACGACAGUAAUCAGCCCCUCCAAUGUCACCAUUGGGGGAGGGUACUCAUUGGACAUGCUCUUCAACUGCUGCUCUGUCACGAAUAUCACAGCCCCACCCUGCAGCUAAUUUUUACUCAAAAAAACCACGCCCACCCACCACCCUGCAGCUACACCCUUCCCAAAAAACUUGCACACCCACAACCUUUACUUGCAGCUGUGUGCGGGAGGAGGUGGGGUCCAGAAUGUUCAAUUUUCUAAACUGGAAACUCCAUUGAUAAGCUUGCUACAUGCUAGCCACAUUUAGUAUUUGAGAUUUUAGCUGGAUAGCAAUAAGCAUUCUUGCACACUAGUGCUGUAGAUAGCCAGCUAGUUAACAAGCAGGCGACAAAUGGACCCACUGCCUAAUAUCCUCAAAGUUACAUAACUUAUGAAAUACUACCUACACAUCUGCUUCUGCUUUCCAGGUAAAUUUACAAACAAUUUUUACUUGGAAAAUAUUCUGAGAAAAUCCACUGGUGAAUGCUUGUACAAUUGACGAUCCCUACUUUUAUGAAUUACUUUUGUUUACUUGCUAGGUAAGACCAGUACGGGUGUAAUGUUGUAACUUUCGUGUAUGGUUAUAAAUGGUUUUGUAAUGCUGAGGCACAAUUUAAUUGUCCUGCUUCACCUUACCUCAAAUGUCCUGUACACAUUUCUAUUUUACCUUGACUAAAGCUACUAUUACUACUCUUGCUGCUGCCAACUACUUACUACUUCCUGAAGUACUUAUUAUACUUACUGGAAAUAUUAAUAUAUCACCUGAGGCAUUGGCAAACAAAUCGGUUUUCUUCUGGGACUCAAUGUCAAGUUACCUUCUGAUUUAUAUUACUUUAUGGUAUUUAUUACUUUAUGGACUGUAUUGAGUCAUACAAUGAUUUGUUUCAUGAUGUCAAAUUGAUAAUGAUGUUUAGCUGGAAAUAUGAGAAAAUCCCUAAUGAAUUUACAGUAUUUUCAACCAUGUGUUUUAUAUUCAUUCAUGACAGCUACACAUCCUUUUCAUAGAGUAGGCAAAUAUUACAAUGAAGCUGAAAUUGCCACACAAAUUUGCUAUAAAUCUGGGAUUGAUUUAU